UGUACUUUUUUUUGACAAACAAAAAUAUCACAGAUAGUUUGGAACUUUGGGAUUGAAUUAAUUUCUAUUUUAUAUUUUUCAAAUAAUUCCAAAAGCCGAAUUCGUGGGAUCGUGCGAAUUCAUUAAAGCUUCGGUCGGGUAUAAAAGUUGGAGGAAAACAAUUAUAAACAGUUCUUCGACAGCAUAACAAGUCUACUCUGCAACUCUUGUACUUGGCUCAUAGAAUAUAUGGCGGAUUAUAAUGGAGAGACAUCAAAUAAAGAUAAACGCUAUCGUAAAAGAGCAAAGGACUGUCAUGAGCUGCAGGCAGACUUGAUAUGUAUGAUAUUGGAUGGGGAUGACAAAUAUCGAACUACCCGGAGAUGGGAAGAUAAACAAGUGAUAGUAGUGGAAGCGAUGAAUCGCCUUCGUGACCCACACCUCCUACAGCAAUGGUUGAGAAAAUUGCAGUCCGGGAUUGUCGAAAAUCCCAGUUUCAGUCUUAGCUCCAACAAUGCAUUUCAAGAGCUUCAUUCAGUUUUGAGCCAGCCAACAAAUCCAGUUCAGGAUAUAAAUUUUCAAGCAUUGCAAAAGGAAAUGGAGGUGCAGGGAGAGGCUAUUGAGGACCAAAAAGAGCAAUUAAUCUCAGAGGCUAAGGAUUUUCGCAUGGUGGCAGAAGUUCUAAACAAAGUUUGGGCUUCUUAUGUUGCAAAGCAACAGCUUACAGAUCCUGUUAGUAUUCAAGAUCUUGUGCAAACGGACGAUGAAUCUUUCAUAUUCCACUUUCCUCUAACCCCUGACUGUAGCAGAUGUGCUAAGAUUCGCAUCAAUCUACAGGGUUAUCAUGAGGUUGACCCGGAUCUUUUGUCACCGCGGUUCUUUGAUGUGGAAAAAUAUGAUUUGGAAAACCGUCAUCUGCCAGAUUUUGGACAUCAAUAUCCGGGUGAAGGCAGCAGUGAUGCCAGAGCAAAUCAAGAGAAUAUGAAGCUGUCAUAUGAGAACAUCUCUCCUGUCCAAGGGCAUGCAGAUUUUCAUAACAUCCUUGCAAACUCUCUAACUGAAGCUGACCAUUAUAUAGAAAGUAAACCAGAGAGGCUCGAGCUAAAAGACAUCACAAAUAUAGAGGAUCUUUCGUCGCUUUGGUUCUUUGAUGUGGAAAAAAAUGAUUUGGAAAACCAUCAUCUGCCAGAUUUUGGACAUCAAUAUCCGGGUGAAGGCAGCAGUGAUGCCAGAGCGAAUCAAGAGAAUAUGAAGCUGUCACAUGAGAACACCUCUCCUGUCCAAGGGCAUGCAGAUUUUCAGAACAUCCUUGCAAAUUCUCUAACUGAAGCUGACCAUAAUAUAGAACGUAAACCAGAGAGGCUCGAGCUAAAAGACAUCACAAAUAUAGAGGAUCUUUCGUCACUUUGGUUCUUUGAUGUGGAAAAAUAUGAUUUGGAAAACCAUCAUCUGCCAGAUUUUGGACAUCAAUAUCCGGGUGAAGGCAGCAGUGAUGCCAGAGCGAAUCAAGAGAAUAUGAAGCUGUCAUAUGAGAACACCUCUCCUGUCCAAGGGCAUGCAGAUUUUCAGAACAUCCUUGCAAAUUCUCUAACUGAAGCUGACCAUAAUAUAGAACGUAAACCAGAGAGGCUCGAGCUAAAAGACAUCACAAAUAUAGAGGAUCUUUCGUCACUGUGGUUUUUUGAUGUGGAAAAAUAUGAUUUGGAAAACCGUCAUCUGCCAGAUUUUGGACAUCAAUAUCCGGGUGAAGGCAGCAGUGAUGCUAGAGCAAAUCAAGAGAAUAUGAAGCUGUCAUAUGAGAACACCUCUCCUGUCCAAGGGCAUGCAGAUUUUCAGAACAUCCUUGCAAACUCUCUAACUGAAGCUGACCAUAAUGUAGAAAGUAAAUCAGAGAGGCUCGAGCUAAAAGACAUCACAAAUAUAGAGGAUCUUUCGUCACUGUGGUUCUUUGAUGUGGAAAAAUAUGAUUUGGAAAACCGUCAUCUGCCAGAUUUUGGACAUCAAUAUCCGGGUGAAGGCAGCAGUGAUGCCAGAGCAAAUCAAGAGAAUAUGAAGCUGUCACAUGAGAACACCUCUCUUGUCCAAAGGCAUGCAUAUUUUGAGAACAUCCUUUCAAACUCUCUAGCCGAAGCUGACCAUAAAGAAAGUAACCCAGAGAGGCUCGGGCUAAGAGACAUCACAAAUAUGGAGGUAACGGUGCAAAACAAGAGGAAUAACUUGGAAGAAGAGACCAAGAAGAACAAAGCUAAUAUUACGAAAGGCAAACGGAAGGUGGAGAAGGGCGAAGCUGAUUUAAAAGAAAACAUACUGAAGGUGGUGAAGGACGUAGCUGGCUUAAAAGAAAACCGAAUGAUGCUGAGGAAGGACGAUGCUAAGUUACAAGAAAACCAACUUAAGCUAACCAGUUUGCCGAAGAAACCACGGGGUGCGUAAUUUGCUUUUUUGAAAUACAUUGUCCAUGGUUUAUUGAGGAUGUUGAUGAAUUGAAGAUACAAAAUGUAAGUGUUUGUGUGAUGGUCUUGAAUCUCAAUGGUUUAUUGGAAUAUUUAUGAACUGAAGAUACAGACAGUAUGUUUUUGUGUUUGAAUCUCAAUGGUCUAUUGGGAGUUUUCAAGAGAUGUAAAUGGGUUGUGUGGAGUUUAGAUUUGAUUAGCCAUGGAAGUUAUGCUCUUGAUUUAGAGUAAGUUUGGUGAGACCGAGAAGGUUCCGAUUUUAGAUUUAAAUAUCAGUUGUAGCUUCAAUUGUAUGAAUUGAAAUCAGUUAAAUAGUUGCAGUAUUGAUUGAUUAAAUUACGCAAUUUGAAUCGAAUUUUUAAAUUUUUUAUAAA